GGCUGCAGCUCCGCAGCAGAGCCCGGGCCGUGCACGGCGGGGGGGGGUGUUAAUGAAGGUCUCUCCCGCCGCGAUCUGCGCAUGCCCAGAGCUCCAACGGCACAAACCCUUCUCCGCCCUGGGAGAGAGUCCAACUGCUCCGCACGAACCCAGGCAGAACCGCACUCGUUCGCGCUCCAGCUCCGGCUCCCUCGCUGACGUCACUUCCGCUCCACUGAGAGGCUGGAACUACAUCUCCCAGCCUCCCUCUGGGGCGCGUCCGCCCUCUCCUGCCUAGGUAAGGGAGGAGUCCAGUGGCUGAAACUGCGCUUGCUCUUUGCGAGCCCCGCUGGGGGCGGGAGAACGAAGCUGCUGCCGCCUCCGUGUGAGCCGGGCCCGGGCUGAGCAGCUGCUGCUCCUCCUGGGUCUGUGCCGGGGAGUCCGGCAUUAACCCCUCCGUGUCCGGCCUAGGGGGGGCUUUCUCCAGCUGGGCCCCGCCCCCUGGGCAACCCGGAGCCCCCGGAGCCAGUGACCUUCGAGGAGGUGGCUGUGUAUUUCACCAGUGAAGAGGGGGCCUCUGCUGGAUCCCACUCAGAGAGCCCUCUACAGAGACGUCAUGCAGGAGAACUAUGAGAAUGUGACCUCUCUGGGUAAGGGUUACUGUCCCCUCAGUUCUUGGAAGGGGAAACGAAGAGAUAAGGUUCACACCAGCACCACAAUGUCACCUCUCCUCUGUCCUGUUUCAGCAUCACCCCAAUAUGCCAGUGACACACACACUGCCAGAGACCCUCUCCUGCUGCAGAACACUUUGGGAACAGAGCACAGGAGCAGUAUCGCACAGUGUCAAAUAUCUCCUGUUUACAUAAGUAAAACUGGGGGUUAGGUCCAGCAUAACCAACAGAAGCUUCCCACCCUAGACCUUCUCUCAGACCCUGAGCCUUCUUUACCCAGACCAGAAUGUGCUUGGGGUGUAACAAGCAGGCUGCUGGAGUCAGAGCAGAUGGUCCAGGGUUACUUAUCACACAGUCAGUCAGUGCAUCCUUGACUGCUGGCUGGGGGUAUCCAGACAGGGGAGCUCCAGCUGCAGAACAUUGAAUCUCACCCAGGAUUACAGAUGACACAACUCCUCACCGCUUUGGAUUGCACCCCAGCAUGUGAAAAUGGCCUAGGGUUUCCAGUUUCCAAACCUGAUGUGAUCUCCGAGCUGGAACUAGGGGAAGAGUCAUGGGUCUCAGACCUCCAGGGUUCAGAGGAAAGAGAGAUCCUGAGAGCUCCCUGCACAGCAGGUGAUGCAAUGGUGUGUGAGAAACAGGAGCAGAAUUCUCAGCAGGAAAAUGUUGAGCAAGUGGAUAAACACAGAGCAUUAUCGCAAAGAUUGGAAAGAAAUGUGUCCAGGAGUCACGAGCAGGGACAAUCCUAUGAGAUUCAGUACAGACCAGAAAGAGAGCAGGGAAACCAUCCAGGGGAGAAAGUAGGUAAAUGUAUUUCAUGUCGAGGAACUCAGAAAGACCUCAAGAAAACCACAACCCAGGAGGAAAUCCUCAUGAGAGAGAGAAAAAAUACAUGCACUGAGUGUGGAAAAAACGUAUGUGAUUACUCAGCUCUUAUAAAGCAUCAGCAGCUCCACACAGGAGAGAGGCCCUAUGAAUGCAGUGAGUGUGGGAAAAACUUCACUCGCAGAUCACACCUCAUUAAUCAUCAGAGAAUCCACACAGGGGAGCGACCCUAUAAAUGCAGUGAGUGUGGGAAAAGCUUCACUCAGAGAUCACACCUUACUAAUCAUCAGAAAAUCCACAUAGGGGAGAGACCCUAUGAAUGCAGUGUGUGUGGGAAAAGCUUCACUCAGAGAUCACACCUUACCAGGCAUCAGACAAUCCACACAGGGGAGAGGCCCUAUGAAUGCAGUGAGUGUGGGAAAAGCUUCAAUCACAGCUCAGCGCUUUCUGAACAUCAGAGAAUCCACAUAGGGGAGAGGGCCUAUGAAUGCAAGGAGUGUGGGAAAAACUUUACUCAAAGAUCAGGCCUUUUUCUCCAUCAGAGAAUCCACACAGGGGAGAGGCCCUAUGAAUGCUGUGAGUGUGGGCAAACAUUCAGUCACAGUUCACACCUUAGUAAUCAUCAGACAAUCCACACAGGGGAGAGGCCCUAUGAAUGCCGUGAGUGUGGGAAAAGCUUCACUAGCAGCUCAGCCCUUUCUGAACAUCUGAGAAUCCACACAGGGGAGAGGCCCUAUGAAUGCCAUGAAUGUGGGAAAAGUUUCAGGUUCAGCUCAGCCCUUUCUGAACAUCAGAGAAUCCACACAGGGGAGAAGCGCUAUGAAUGCAGUGAGUGUGGGAAAACCUUCGGUCGCAGCUCGUGCCUUUUUCAACAUCAGAGAAUCCACACAGGUGAGAGGCCCUAUAAAUGCAUUGAGUGUGGGAAACGCUUCACUACCAGUUCAGACCUUUCUAAACAUCAGAGAAUCCAUACAGGGGAGAGACCCUAUAAAUGCAGUGAGUGUGGGAAAAGCUUCAAUCAGAGAUCAACCCUUAUUAAGCAUCAGAGAAUCCACACAGGAGAGAGGCCCUAUGAAUGCCAUGAGUGUGCGAAAACCUUCAAUAGCAGCUCAAGCCUUAUUAGGCAUCAGAGAAUCCACACAGGAGAGCUGCCCUAUGAAUGCAGUGAGUGUGGGAAACGCUUCACUACAGACUCAGCCCUUUUUCAACAUCAGAGUAACCACACAGGCAAGAGGACCCAUAAAUGCAGUGAGUGUGGAAAAAGUUUCACUACCAGCUUAGCCCUUUCUGAACAUCAGAGAAUCCAUGCAGGAGAGGGCCUUUGAAUGCAGUGAGUGUGGGAAUACCUUCUGUUGGCACUCAGCCCAUGUUAGCCAUCAGAGACUCUGCAAGGGAGGUCAACACCACAAAAAACCUCUAGGGCUUAUCCAUACUUUUUGUUUAAUACUUUUCCUGAUUCCCACAUACUAACUUUUAAAGCUGUUUGAACUGUUUGCUGCACUGGUAUCCCUCAGCUUGUCCAGAUGAGUGACUGAUUUUUGCCUUUUGCCAUUCACUCUGUUUUAAAGUUGAUCUGUUUGUCCUUUCUAUCAACUCCUUUGUCCCAUGACUAUUUCAAGUGUGCCCUUCUGAUCCAGAACGAGGGAGCAUCACAUUUAUACCAUUCCUUCUAUUGCAAAGUUAUUGUUAAAGUCAGUAAUGACACAGAUUGUAUCAUUUCCAGUUGAUCUCGUGUUGCUCUGGGUUGUGCUGAAGAGCAGUUAUAUUGGGAACUUUUCAAAUUAUAUUUAAAUGAAGAGGAGCAGGGGCAUGGGGAAAAGGGGUCAUUUCAGCCUCUAUGACACUGGAAGGGGAUGGGUGACUCAGAGAUUACGUCCUUCCCCAUCACUACAGAACUGUUACCUUUUUUCUGAGCCAUGCAGUGUUUAUGUUCAUCACAUUCUACACAUCCACUUCUCAAAGUGUCCUGUGAGGAACAGUUCUCAGCUGUCUGUGCUUGGAGAUGAUGCUUUCACUUCUUUAAUCCUAAAUCAGAGUCAUUGUGACUGGAGAUAAGUGUCAAAGAGCUGGAAGGGGAAUUCAAAUGGAUCUCAAACAGUGUGAUCAUUUGGAGUUAAAACUGCAGGUUCCAUCUGUUCGUAAAGCCACUUCUGGCAAGGUAUCUGUCUUCCCCCUCCCCGCCCAAUUAUUUGGAUGCUAGGAUACUAAAAAUGUUGUAAAUAACAUAACUGACUAUUGAGACAGGGAUGAGUGAAAUAUGUUUGAAUGAAUCAGAGGAGAAUGUGAUGGGAGAAUCUCUUGUCCCGAUUCUGAAUAAUCAGAUGUAACCUACUCCAGAAUUUGACUUGACACUUUUGUUGUCAUAUAUUCUCUCCUGAAGACUGUUUCAUCACCCAAUUGGAUAUUAGUUCAGUUUGAUAGGAUGUAGCUCAGAUUUAUUGGAGAAUUUAAGACAAAUGACCAUUUACUAAACUCAUCAUUUCUCACUUCAGUUUUGCUUUUUCCCCAUCCCUCCAUGAUGACAUGGGGAAAAUUCAAGCGCACUUCUGUCAGCAGGAGUGAACUCUCCAAUGUACUGCACAUGCUAAGAAAGAAACAGCAGUGAUUUAAAAUCUCCACACAGAAAAGGUGAACAGCAGAAGAACCCCAGCUAACUGGAGGAAGUGCAUAUGAUCAUGUGUAGUUCAAUUGUUGAAGACUGUAUUGUCUCAGAUGAUCUGGGGAGAGAAUUCCACAUUAGGUGAUUUUGAAGUAGGUAAAAUGCACAUGUAUUUGGUUCCUAAAGCAUUUGUAAGCCAGACCCUAUGGAAGAUUUCUCCUAACUUACCCUAUAUUAUGGGAGAUGCUGCCCUUCACGACACAGAUGUUGAAGGAAACAGAAGUGGGGGUUUAGUUGAAUUUAUCCUGUCUAGGUGCUAAAAAUGUGUAUAAAAUGAAAUCAGUGUUGUAAGUAUAAUAGUUGCAGAAAAAUGGCUAUUUUCUAAUAGAAUCUCCAGCUCUGGUAACUAACAGAUUCUAAUCUAGCCCUGUAUCCAGUCCCUUGCCUGGACCUGUGCCACCAAAUCAAAGAAAAACUGGGCAUGUUUUGGGAACCAUUCCUCACUAACACUGCUGAUGUUGUUGAGUGAUUUUGUAAAAGAUUCUACUUCAGAGAACUGUAAAUUUACCCUGGCCAAGGAUUUGGAAAGAACUGAAGUUGAAAGAGAACUCACUCAAUUCUUUGUUUCCACCCAAAUAAAGGAAGAUAUGGUGACCAAUGACCCAAUAGCUAGGAGAGGUGCUGGCCUUUCUAUUAUCACAGAGUGUGACUGUGCUCAGUGUAUCUGUGACAAAAGCUCAUUGGUGCCAAUUGGCAAAGGGAUCGCUUAUUCGCUAGCAACUCCUGUGUCAGAUCUUUCAGACUUGCCACACCUAAUACUGAUUUUAUGAUAUUUAUUCAGGAAGCAUAGCAGUGAGACCUCUACUGGAAAAAGCUUGUAAAUUAUUGAUACUCCUAAUCUCUAUUAGAGGUGUGUAUGAGUCAUGUUGAAGGAGGAAUGUAAGUACAUGGUAAAAUAUGCCCAUAUGGUAUUGUAAUGAAAGUGAGUCACCCCAAUCAUAGGACUUGGUGGGGACAUCCCAUUCAUGUGGGAGGGAAUUGCCACUUGUCCCUUGCUAGCCAGUUAUGUGAUGUAUUGCUCCAUUGUCAACCUUUGCACCAACCCAGAAAAGCCAAUGGAAAACCAUCAAAGACAAACUAGCGACAUCAAAAUCCAGUGGAAGUGACAAGGACAAUAUGACGAUGAGUAGAUCAUCCUUUCUGUGAAUAAAGACAAAAGACUGAUUCAGUUUAUAAGAAGGUGGAGUAAAACACUCACCAAGCAGAUCCCUAACGACCAGUGGUGCUUCAUGAAAGGCAGGGCCCCGGCUCCUAGGGACUAGCGGCCACUGCAAUAGGCUGAAGUGUGAGGUGAGAAUCUACUUAGAUAGGAAAGAUAACCACUAAAAAGUGUAGGUUGUGUUUUGUUCUGUUUAAAUCUGUCCCUUGUUAAAUGUCCGUUUGAUUGAUAACUACUUAAAGGCUGUGUGUGAUAAAGGAACAGUGGUCUACAUUAAAAUUGUUAACUUGGGAUAUACCGGUGUUUCGGGAAGGGAGGAUCUGGGAUUUCUCUUGAGUAUCUGGUGAUCGGGGCUGGACCCCAGGUGGGGUCACAUUGAAGGAACUCAGGGGUUAGGGUGUCUCUGUUGGCAACUGGCAGGGCUGCUGUGGCUCAGAGGAGGUUGCUUGAGUCCCUCUUCCUAAUGGCAGAUGGCAACAAGGAAACUCCUAUCCCUCAGCACCCUGAGAAGAGUCACACUGUGAAUCUGUGUUGAGCCCCCACCUGUGAAAUCCCCAUGGGGAAAGCACCCUAUAACAUAGUUCCCUGACUCAAAAUAGCUGUAAAACUCUGCCCUAUGAAAUCACGGAACAUGUGCUCUUUGGUCUGUGAAAGCAUGUAAAGAGUCCAAGUGCUGGAGGGUAAAGAUUGGGUCCAGAGUGACCUAGACAAAUUGGUGGAUUGAGCCAAAAGAAAGCUGGAGGGGUUCGACAAGGACAAGGGCAGAGUCCUGCACUUAGGAUGGAAGAAUCUUAUGCACUGCUACAGGCUGAGGACUGACUGGGUAAGAGGGUCAUGUGCUCCAGCCCCCUAAUCAUUUUUGUUGCCCUCUGCUGGACUGUUUCCAAUUUUUCCACAUCUUCCUUGUAGUGUGGGGCCCCAAACUGGACACGGUACUCCAUAUGAGGCCUCAUCAAUGUUUUAUAGAGGGGAAUGAUCACGUCCCUCGAUCUGCUGGCCUUGCCCCUACUUAUACAGCCCAAAAUGCCAUUAGCCUUCUUGGCAACAAAGGCACACUGCUGACUCAUAUCCAGCUUCUCGUCCACUGUAACCCUAGGUCCUUUUCUGCAGAACUGCUGCCUAACCAUUCAAUCCCUAGUCUGUAGCAGUGCAUGGCAUUUUUCCAUUCUAAGUGCAGGACUCUGCACUUGUCCUUGUUGAACCUCAUCAGAUUUCUCCUUACCACUUCUGGCAUGGGCAGGCAUCUUGGAGGCCUUUCUAGAAGAGAAUUUGGAACUGAGUUGGGAAAACUAGUUUCAAAACAGGAAGCUUAGGUUUAGUUUCAUUUAUUUAUAAUAUUAAAUAAUCCUUUCUUCCUAGUAUCACAAUCAUAAGUGCUUCAGCGUUAUGGUUUUCCAGAGGGAAAACUUAACUUCUCUCCAAAGGGAAUUGAAAGAAAACACUUUUCAGAGUCCAAAAGAGACAAGAUGGGUCAGGGUAAGAGCUUGUAGAGGACCAACCUCUGUUGGUGAAAGAGACAAACUUUGCAGCUAACCCAGAAUUCUUUAGCUCUGUGUAGCCCCAAAGUUUGUCUCUUCCACAAACAGAAGUUAGAACAUAAGAACGGCAAUACUAGGUCACAGCAAGGGUCCAUCUAUCGUACUAUCCUGUCUUCUGAAAAUGCCCAAUGCCAGGUGCUCCAAAGAGAAUGAACAGAACAAGUAAUCAAGUGGUCCAUCCCCUGUCGCCCAUUCCCAGUUUCUGGCACAGAGAGAAUAGAGAUGCCAUCCCUGCCUAUGCAGGAUAAUAGCCAUUGAUGGACCUAUCCUCCAUGAACUUAUCUAGUCCAGUUUUGAACCCUCUUCAAGUCUUGGCCUUCACAACACCCUCUGGCAAAGAGUUCUCCAGAUUAACUGUGCAUUGUGUGAAGAAGUAUUUCCUUUUGUUCAUUUCAAACCUGCAGCCUAUUCGUUUCAUUUGGUGACCCUCCUACUGCUUGUGUUACUCUGAGAAGGAGUAAAUAACACUCCCUCCCUUGGUCCUUUAAAAGAUAUUAUGUGACCUGCUCCCCCUUGUCUUUCAUGUCCUGGGACCAACAUGGAUGCAACAACAUUACAGCCAACAAGGUUCAAAGUCAAUGCGCAUGGAGGAAGUAUUUGGGGUUUCAUUCCUUAUAUCUUGGUCCCAUCGUGUGGCCAUUUCCUUUCUCUCCUCUGUUACAAGCUUUGAUGUUUUGCACAGAAACAUUAUUUCCACAGGAGACACCCCGCAGUGGGGCCUGCAUUCCUUUACCAACAGUCAGUAGAAGGGUGCAGACAAAGGCCUUUAGAACAAAGCAUCCAUCACAGUCAAAAAAAUCAUCUCCCUCCUGCAGGUCACUGGCAGCCUAAUUUGUUCCUUAUCCUCCCAGAGUUUUGGGGCUGGAUGCAGCACUAUCCAGCCCCUCUGUAUGUACCGGGAACAAACACAAACCUUGUCUUUAAAACAAACUGUGCCCUUCCUUUUUAGGGAAGAUUUUUCUGAUUGAAGUUGAGCUUCAGUUCCUCUCUCCUAGGGGUGGGUUGGCUGUAGGGCAUUGGUAGUAUAGUAGUGAGCAUAGCUGCCUUCUAAGCAAUUAAACUGAGUUCAAUUCCAAGCCAA